AUGGGUUAUCAACCUAGCAUUGACAGCUACGAAGAAACAUAUGGAUCGUGGGGAGAGAGAAGGGAGGUACUGGCGUGGUCCGCUGGUACCCAAAUCAUUCUCAGGACGAAAGAGGCGGGCGCAAACAUCGAGAAGAUCAGAAAACGCGAGGAGCGAAAGGAUGAGGCGCCCGAUCAAACAUGGAAGUACGACACUUUCAAACAUCUGAAUACGUGGUUCACGUACAAGAUACCGGACAGCUCGGAAGGUCGCGAUGAUAUCACCAGGGUGAAACUGCUCCGACCACACCAGCGGGAUUUGGCCUAUGAAGACAUCGUCUUUGGGACUGCAUCAGGUCAACUGUCGCUACUCAGUGUUAGUCCUGACCUUGCCGAGACGCGGAUUCAACAUUACAAAACUGGCUCUGAUCCCAUAGCCGACCUUUCGGUAUCAUCUUCGAACACACCCAUGCUAGCUAGCGCACUAGGAGAUGGAUCGCUGGCGCUUUAUCCUAUCCGCCGCGACACCAUCUCGGACGAGGCGAUCGCCUUCUCUUCAGAAACAAAGUCCAUAUCGCCAAAUGGCAGAUUACGGUCAUGCGAGUUCCUCUCCGACGACAAAUUGGCUGUUGGAUCGGGACCCCACGCUGAGCCAAUCGAGGUAUACCACAUUGGACCUGAAGGCUUUUCGUCCGGACCCCUUCGUCGCUUCAACGUUACUAGCGAGAGCGCAACACGCUCACACCUGACAUCCAUCUACACUAUCCUGCCAUUACCGAGCACAGCCCACGGUGGCUCAGAAGCAGGCCAUACUUUCCUGUCUGGCGGCUAUGACGGAAUCGUUAGACUGCACGACAUGCGUUCACCACGCGGCUUCGAACAGAUCUUCUGGGAUCCAACCAAUGAUUCGCCAGUAUAUGCUCUUGCCGCACAUGGGCGAGAACGCUUCGUAGCAGGCGUAGCUCUUCACUCUAUGAUCAAGGUGUUUGACUUGCGAUUAUCAGGCUCGCAUGCAUAUCACACCAUUUCCUCCCCUAGCCACAAACCGAAACGCAAAGCGGUGUCGCGCGACUCGGCCAUCAACGUUAUCGUGGAUGAUAACAAAAGCAAAAGUCUAAUUAGGAGUGGCGGCUGGAACCUCUACCUCAAGCCCCGCGACUAUUUGUCACGGGCGACGCAAAACUCCCCCGUAUACAGUCUUUCCAUCCCGUCAUCAACGUCACAGAACCUGUACGCCGGUCUUGAAGGGGCCGUUCAAAAUCUCACCUUCCACGGCGUCGCUGAUACUUACCCGGAUCCUAUGCUGUCGUACGGCUUGGUCCAAGACUGCUAUUACUACCACAAAAAGAGCAACAAAGUUGAUGUUCGAGCAUCUUAUGACAACGACGGAGGGGUUCUGAACCUGGGCAUGUACGAACAAGGUACCGAAGACGUGCUGGGGAUGCAGCUGUUGAUCCAAGGUAGUAUGGACUCUAGCGUGGUAAGCAAGGAACGGGCAGAUAAGGCGAUGGCUAAAGGGCUGGAUGAGCGCUGGAUCGACUUGAGGGCUGAGCAGGAUAGGUGGUCUGCGGGUGAGGAGCCACCGCCACAGGAGGAGCCACCGAAUGAGUCGAGAACGGGUGGAAGAAGACGCAGACGAGGUAAUAGAGGGGGAGGAAGAGUGGCUUAG